AUGGAUGACUUUGAACGUCGCAGGGAACUGAGGAGGCAAAAGCGGGAAGAGAUGCGCCUGGAAGCGGAAAGAAUCGCCUACCAGAGGAAUGACGACGAUGAGGAAGAGGCCGCCCGGGAACGGCGCCGGCGAGCCCGACAGGAGAGGCUGCGGCAGAAGCAAGAGGAAGAAUCCUUGGGGCAGGUGACCGACCAGGUGGAGGGUCACACUCAGAACAGUGUGCCGGACGAGGAGGUCAAGGCCGCCACCGCGAACACGCAGGUGGUGGAGGGCGACGAGGAGGCCGAGCUGCUGGAGCGCCUGGCCCGGCGGGAGGAGCGGCGCCAGAAGCGCCUGCAGGAGGCGCUGGAGCGGCAGAGGGAGCUGGACCCCACCAUCACCGAUGGGAGAGCAGGGAACGAUGCCACCGAAGAGAAGGAAGGAAAGAGUGAAAGUCGCCGCCGAGAAAGAUAUGAGGUGGAGGAAACAGAGGUCGUCACCAAGUCCUCCUACCAGAAGAACGACUGGAGGGAUGCCACCGAGGAGAAAAAGAAGGAAGAAGACCAAGGAAAGGAGGAAGAGGAGAAGCCGAAGCGAGGGAGCAUCAGAGAGAAUCAGAUCAAAGACGAGAAGAUUAAAAAAGACAAAGAGCCCAGAGAAGAGGUGAAGAGCUUCUUGGAUGGAAAGAAGGGAUUUACAGAAGUGAAGUCGCAGAAUGGAGAAUUUAUGACCCACAAGCUUAAGCACACCGAGAAUACCUUCAGCCGCUCUGGAGGGAGGGCCAGUGAGGCCAAGGAGGCGGAAGGGGCUCCCCAAGUGGAAGCUGGCAAGCGCCUGGAGGAGCUACGCCGCCGUCGUGGGGAGACUGAGAGCGAAGAGUUCGAGAAGCUCAAACAGAAGCAACAAGAGGCAGCCCAGGAGCUGGAGGAGCUGAAGAAGAAGAGGGAGGAGCGAAGGAAGGUCCUGGAGGAGGAAGAGCAGAGGAAGAAGCAGGAGGAAGCAGAGCGGAAAGUCAGAGAGGAGGAAGAGAAGAGGAGGCUAAAGGAGGAGAUUGAAAGGCGAAGGGCAGAAGCUGCUGAGAAACGGCAGAAGAUGCCAGAAGAUGGCUUAGCAGAAGACAAGAAACCAUUCAAAUGUUUCACUCCCAAAGGUUCAUCUCUCAAGAUUGAAGAGCGAGCAGAAUUUUUGAAUAAGUCUGUGCAGAAAAGUGGUGUCAAGUCAACUCAUCAAACCGCUGUCGUCUCCAAGAUUGACAGCAGACUGGAGCAGUACACCAGUGCCAUUGAGGGGACAAAAGCUGCAAAACCUACGAAGCCAGCAGCCUCAGAUCUGCCUGUUCCAGCGGAGGGUGUUCGCAAUAUCAAGAGCAUGUGGGAGAAGGGGAAUGUGUUUUCCUCCCCCACCGCAUCGGGCGCGCCAAACAAGGAGACUGCUGGCCUGAAGGUGGGCGUUUCCAGCCGCAUCAAUGAAUGGCUAACCAAAACCCCGGAUGGAAACAGGUCACCUGCUCCCAAACCUUCGGAUUUGAGGCCAGGAGAUGUAUCUGGCAAGCGGAACCUCUGGGAAAAGCAAUCCGUGGAUAAGGUCACAAGCCCUGCCAAGGUUUGA